AUUCGCUCAGAGUGUCUCCGAGAUCGGCCUAGUCCGUGUCUCGGCCGUCUUGCGCAGAGUUAAAAACGUUUUGCUCAUUAAACCAGCUUAUGUCACUCGCCUCAGUUCCAAUUGAUAACACUGCGCGAUCGGAGCACAUUUUACCGCCCGUAAGACCGCGUUCUUGCCACUGAUCCGCGUGAAUUAAUUAUUUUUAGCAAUUUCCGCGUGAAGCAAGUAUAUGUGAUCGUGACUUAGGAAUGAUCUACUAGCUCAAUAAAGUGUUAUUGAUACAAGAUUAUGAGAAAAAAUGUUUUUAUUGGCAAUUCAUGGAAAUUCAGCAAGAACAUCACUUAAUCACAGGGUGUUUAGUGUCACAUGAAUAAAUUGCUGAGAAACUCAUCGAUUUUCUUCUGUGUGAAAAAAAAUCACAAAUUUAGCUUUUCCUGUGCGUGUGUGUGAGAAAGAGUGAAAAGUCGUGAUUUACAGUGUGAAAAUUCCUUCUGUCCCAAAAAUAAAUGGGAGACACAAUUGUGCUUCUCAAAGUGUGAAAGAAAUCAUCCAAAGCACUUAAAUACUUGCACUUAAGAGACAAUGAGUUAAUUCCUACUCAGAGAUUUUUUUUUAAAAAUUAUAUUAUCUAAAACUCUUCCUAUGCAUCUCAUACUGUGAUUGAGAGUCUUCGGCACAUGAAGAUAAUCAACUAAGUCAACGAAAGAAAAUUUAGUAGCAAUAAAUCAACGAGCAAUCAGCCAGAUAAGCUAAAUACAGAAAAAAAUGGUGGCCACCAGUGAAAAUCGUACAAGAAAUGGUCACGUUCUUGUGUGGGAGCAACCAGCACUUUUUCAGAGUGAAGAUGGAAAACUCAAAAAAUGGUGGGGAACACGCCACUUUGUUACAUUCAUGCUCUUCCUGGGUAUGGCCAAUGCCUAUGUCAUGAGGACGAACAUGUCCGUAGCCAUUGUGGCUAUGGUGAAUCAUACGGCUCUGGAGGCUGAAGUGGAGGAGCUGGAUGAUGAGUGUCCGGACACAGAUUACGGCAAUCACACGGAUAUACCGCAGGACGGAGAAUUUGCGUGGAGCACGAGUCUACAGGGCUACAUCCUCUCCUCCUUCUUCUACGGUUACGUCAUCACACAAAUCCCCUUCGGUAUUCUGUCCAAACGCUUCGGAGCUUUGCGUUUCCUGGGCUGGGGCAUGUUCAUCAACUCAGCAUUUGCCUUCCUGGUGCCAGUUGCAGCCCGACAGGGUGGUUUCGGUUGGCUGAUUGUAGUGAGAUUUAUUCAAGGCCUGGGCGAGGGUCCUAUUGUACCCUGUACCCAUGCACUCCUGGCCAAAUGGAUUCCGCCCAAUGAACGAUCACGGAUGGGAGCUUUUGUGUACGCUGGAGCUCAGUUUGGUACGAUCGUAUCCAUGCCAUUGUCUGGAUUGUUGGCUGAAUAUGGCUUCGACGGGGGAUGGCCUUCGAUCUUCUACGUCUUUGGGAUCAUCGGCGUUGUGUGGUCUCUGGCUUUCAUCUGGCUGAUCUACGAGGAUCCCUCGUCACAUCCCACAAUCGACGAAAAGGAGAAGAAGUACAUUAUCAGUUCCCUAUGGGGCACAGCCUCGAUAACGAAUCCUCCGAUUCCGUUCAAGGCGAUUAUCAAAUCUCUUCCAUUCUACGCCAUCCUCCUUGCUCACAUGGGCCAGAACUAUGGCUACGAGACGCUCAUGACUGAGCUUCCAACGUACAUGAAGCAAGUCUUGCGCUUCUCCAUCAAAGAGAAUGGAAUUCUCUCAGCCCUGCCCUACUUGGCCAUGUGGCUGUUCUCGAUGUUUAUCUCUGUGAUUGCUGACUGGAUGAUCUCAUCCAAUCGCUUCUCCCUCACAGCAACCAGAAAAAUCAUCAACAGUAUCGGACAGUAUGGUCCUGCGAUUUGUCUGGUGGUAGCUUCCUUCACGGGCUGUGAUCGUAUCCUUACUGUGGCAGUUCUCACAAUUGGCAUGGGUCUCAAUGGUGGCAUCUACUCUGGCUUCAAGAUCAAUCACUUGGACAUUACUCCACGCUUUGCCGGCAUUCUCAUGGCUUUCACAAAUUGCACAGCCAAUUUGGCCGGGCUGUUGGCACCAAUUGCAGCUGGGAACCUCAUUGAGGGCAAGCCCACAAUUGCCGCCUGGCAGGUUGUCUUCUUCAUUGCGGCAUUUGUUUACGUCUUCUGCGCCACUUUCUACAACGUCUUUGCCUCUGGUGUGAGACAACCGUGGGAUAAUCCCCUCAAUGAUGAGCCAGAGACAAGGCGAUCCAUCCCAAAUGGUCACUCAAACACCGUCAUUGAGUCGCGUCAGUAGAAAUUCCAUCCUCCUCCUCCUGUCACAGCGACUCUUCAGACCACGCAAUGACGUCAUAGUGACCACAAAACUACCCUCCACCACUCGACACAGUGAAUUCGCUACGAUAAUGAUAAUUUUGCAAUAAACUGGCAGGAAAGCAUGUGAAAUAAUUGACCCCUGAGGACAAUUUGGAGUGAUUUAAUAAAGAAAAAGGAAAAACAUUAAACGCGUAACAAAUAAGAAUUUAAGGAAUUUAUUUAAAAAAAAAGAAAGAAGAAAAAGUGUCUAAAAUAGUGGUAAUUUCUAGAGAUUUUUAUAAUGAUUUAUAAUAAUUAGAAGGAGACAACAAAUAAUUUAAUUACAGUAAUUGUAAUAUGUACAUAGGAUAUCUAAUUCAUAUUGAGUAGUUUUCAAAAAGAAAACUUGCAUAGAAGAAAUAAAAUUCUUCAACAACAA